CGCAUCACUACAAACGUGUCGAACUGUACAAAAACUACUGGUAGAAGCACUUAGAACUACAGCAUCAAAGCUAGGUUUUUUCCCUUCCAGCGAGCAUCCGCAUCCAACCUUUUAGUUCGUUCGAACAAGCACCAAAAGCAAAAUGUACCCCAACGCCUCCAACGGUGACCCUUACGCGGCUCGCGCCUUGCUGGGUUUAGAGGAGUACGUGCGAUUGCCACGAAAACUUCGGAGGGAGGUUCUGUCCUGUCUAAGCCACAGCAAAAAGCGUGAGCUCUACGAUCGCCUCUGCAUCGUCGGAAUCUAUCCGCCGCUCUUUCGGAGUACGUGCCUCGGUGGAUCGGUGGAAGAAGUACUGGGAAUCUCUGGGCUGCCUUUUUAAGAUCAUGACGUCACAAGUAAGAUCUAAGCUGAAGAUAUCUUGAAGACUAGAAACCAAGAUUUUUAACUGUGACGUUGAAUGAUGUCAAGGAACCAAUUAUUCGAACUUUAUUAGAGAGACCCACACCCACGACUCUAAGAACAAGACACACGACCAGACAAGCUGAAAAACGCCUUGGAGCACUUUACGGAUAAGGUGCUGCCUACCUUACAAUCGAAAUGGCUCUCGAAAAUGCGUGCUACGGUUUUGCCUCAUCAUGGAGACAACCCUCAAGAAGGGCAAUCGGGUGGUGCUGGGAGUGGAAAGAGACCACAACUUGGGCACAGUUUGAGCUUAUGGGGAGAUGAUUUUGUGUUACUCACUGUUACAAGUGGCCUUACCCUACUUACAUACUAGAGCUGCCUUACCCUUACAUACUAGAGCUAGACGAAGUUGUAUUGAUUUUUCACCGUUGUCCUUCAAAGCUAUCUGUUGCUGUAGCUCUAAUCCAAAUGACGUGUUCGAUUAGCAGAACAGAUUCAGACCUCUCGGUGAACUCCGAUGACGAGUUAAGUGAUGGUGGCAGCCUCCGAAGUGAAGAGCAUGAUGGACCACCAAGUAAGAAACGAAAAAGUACAUCUCGAAGUGCCCACACCACAGUGUUGUUCGACAAUUUGCGAAAACGAGAUGGCGGUGGUGUUGAAGCUAGUUCUUCCAGGAAAAGUCGUCGUGACAGGACAGGUUCUACAUCACUACAAGAGGAAGAUAUUCAAAAGGCUAGUACAACUCGUGACAAGGAGAAUACAUCAAAGAAGGACCACCACGACGGUGCUGCUACAGAUGACAAUAUCAACACGUCAGGAGACGACGAAGCUGCGGAAGUACAAGGUGGUCAAAGUGUGGCUCAAGGAGGUGCCAGCACACCAUCAACAUCAACAUUGUCCUCAAAAGGAGCGUCCCCAUCCUUGAAGGUAGCAGACUUUUUGCGUUGGAAAUUCUACCGCUUUUCUGCAUUACAGGAAGAAAUACCUCUCGGAAUCGCCUGUCCGUCAGAUUACAGGAGUAACUUUAAGAAGACUCGUCGUGGACUACAUUUGGAACAAGAUGAUACUUAAUAUCACCAAGAAAUUGUUGUAUUCGUUCUCAACCUCACAUAAAAAAGUAGAGUCUGUCACUCAUCUUCAUCAAGGAAACUCCAUCAGGUUCUUCCUCCACCCUCUAAGACCUCCUUCUUUACCUAUCGACUGGAGCUGUGCGAAAACGUAGAUGACAAGAUGAAAGUUUACCAUCAACAUCGUGGCCCUGUGCGCUAUUGCUUGGAUGACUGCUUGUCCGAUCUGCUGUACGUUCAGCUGGCGAGGUUAGAAGACCCUGCGUGCGGUUUUGGGACUCUGGUCGAGGAACUGAGCGUGAAACAGAGUACUCCUGCUUCUAUGAUUUUAUAUUAAUAUGGUUCGCAGUAGAUAUAAAGUAGCGAGGGUCCUUCUCUCUGCUUGUGGGUUUAUUUGGUGAACCGGUUGUACCCCAUAGCGAAUAAACCUGUGCACACAACCAGAGAGCUGAGCACUCACCGGAGGCGUUGCACAGGGCUCCGGCCUGCCUUUGAAGGUGAGGCCUAUGCAUGGGGCUGACAGGACGACGAUAGCGCCGGAGCUUAGUUAGUUUUAGCAGUUAGCAGGACACUUUAGGUUACUUGUCGAUAGUUACCCUUUUCUCUUCUAUAUCUUCCUCUGUCUGGUCUGUCUUUUUUCUAGUUAGGUCGGCUCCGCCACAUAUAUUAAUAUGCUGAGUCUGCUAAAGUCUACUAAGUUACCUCAAGUAGAUCAAAACAGAUAUUAAGAUGUUGCACUACAAGAAUAGGAAUACUCGACUCUACAUUUAUUGAAGAAGUCGAGUUAAGAAGAAACGUCUGCUUAAAUUUGCGGAGUUUUCGUUUUGGUUCUUCCAUUCUUGCAGAGGACACAUUCAUUCUUAAAGACACUGCAUCACCACCCUCAGCACCAGCCGCUCUCUUAAAAGUCCCCGCACCACCCGCCGCAUCCGAACUCUUCGUAUCCUCAAGUCGCAAUCGAGAACGGUUGGACCUUCCAACUGUAUCCCUCACACGCGCACGCUUCGCCAAUGAAAACGAGCUCAACACCCGCAUGGAUCGCAACUCUUUUCGACAUGACUUAGAACCCUACUCCCAAAUGCUGGGACCACCAGACUUUGUGUCCAAGCUGAUCAGCAGUGGUCAGCGCUAUCUAACACUCUCUGGUCACGCGAGGGAAGACAUCAGCGUUGUUGUGGACAUGAAAGAAGCUGCUUGUUCUAGUGCUCCUGCUAAUAUUUUUGGAGGCAAAACUAAAACACGGACAGCGAGGCCUUGUUUAGGAGAAACAUCUUCGAGUGGAAGCAGUUCACCUAAGAUAACCUCCAAGAAAGGAGCACCUCCACCACAAGAACCAUCUUCAGAUAGGGAGGACCCUGACUUCCUCACUGUAAUGCAGUUUCGAGCCUUGAUCGAUGGCAUCAGUGCAGUAUUUGACUGCUGUGUUCCCCACAACCGCAUGGUGCAUCCGAAGAAAGCCCAUCUGAUGCUGACUAGAAGGCUGCUCGAUCAGAGUGGGGAUGUGAUGAUUAUGGCAGAUUGAAUUCUUUACCAGCGAUGCAUCAUGUGGUACAUGAUUUGCAUGAAUAAGACACGACCAAUCUUCAGGACAGAGAGCACUAAUAUUGAUAUUGUUAUUAGUCUCCCAGAUAGUACAUGUCACAAGACUAUGUGAGACAACUCAUGCUAUGCUAUGAGAGCGCUAUGAGAGCGCUACGUGUUCGCUCCUUGUCAGUCCCAAUCUUCCUGAUCUAAUCCAAACUGCAGAAACGUGCCAUACCCGGUCUUUCGGGAGAUUUUUGAAGCCUUGCGCCGCUUCCAUCCUCGCUGGAAGCGAUCACAUGUAGAGCUGAUGUUGCCUGUCGUGGGAGGGGAGGAUCAUGAUCGUUAUGGCCACAUAGAAUUAGAAGACAUUUGUGAAUAUAAUCUGGAAUAAUGAAGACAACAGCGCCCAAGAACCUUCUUCUAACAUGAAAAGCUCCAACAUCUCGAAUUACCGCCGCUCUCGGCCUCCUCGUCGUCCGCUUCCUUCGACGGAACCUCCCCACGCCUAUCGCCACGCCUGACCAGUCUCAGCAAAAGCCGAGUGGUGCAGGACGUCCUAGAUGAUUACAACAUGCUGAGCUUAGUGGACGUUGAUCAAAAGGAAGAAGUUCUUAACACAACGACCGCGAAAGGAAGAGAAGCAUUUCCUGCAAUUGGUACAACUUCUAGUAGCACCUCAAGCUCAACUUCUUCGAUGAUGAAAAAGGUGAAGAAGAUGAACUUGAACAACAUUACCGCAAAUAAAGGUAAGAAUGUCAUCGUAGAAGGAGACACAUCUUCAAGUGCACUGGGAAUAGUGCCAGCUUCCACUCCGAUAGCGGCUUCGUCCUCUUUAGCUUCUGCACCCCCAGAUUCGAGCAUGGGCGAAACGAAAAAGCGAGCAAGGAAACUCAACUUCGGUCGUAGUCAUGAUGAAGUACGCACAUGGCGAAACUUGAUCGUGCCUAUCGGGGAAACACAGCCCAUGCUAGAUGCGCUGCGUGAUUUGUGCGCACAUCCGGAGAGAGUUCGAAAAGGUACGACCACUGCGACAGGUGGAGACCUAACAGGAGAGCACGCCACACACGGUGGGCGAUCGCCUCGUCGCAAACCGGUAGCUGUCCCGCAAGAAGCAACUGUGACGAAAAAGGUGAGCGAACAGAAGAAGCCUCCCUCUGGCACAUCGUCUACUCCGAUCUCACCGCUUUCACCUGGACAAACCAAACCAGGCCUAGCGAAAUCAUCUUCAGUGAAUUCUGCGACAGACCGGUCAUCGUCCGUUGAGGACAUGGCACGCCUUAUGCGAGACCGAGCAGCGAGACAGCGCAGGGAGAAAUCGCGUUUGAGGGCGCUUAAGUUUAUGAUCAACAUAAUUCGUAUAUCCAUAGUCCUAACUUGUUGAAAGAGCAUCAGAAAUAACUGUAGUUUCAGGUCCCCUUCUAACAGGCGCGCCCGCACAGUAUUCGUCUGGAACUUUCUACCCGAGUCGCAAGGCGGCCUGGCUGAAGGUGGGUGGCGAAGAUUGUUACAACAAGCAGGGACCAUACAGCGUCUCAACGUUCGAUGCAAGAACUCCUUUCUCCACUGCGAGUUUGCACAGCGUUCGCAUGCAGAGCAAGCCUUACAUCUUUUCCAGAAUAGGAUACUCAAGAACCUGGAGCCACUCAAGCUUAUCCUCCUGGAGCAUCAGGGUCGGUUAGAGGAGAACUGGGUGUUUGAGAUUAGGCGCAUUCUGCGGAACUACGGAGAAAUACGAGACCGCAAGCUCUACCAUGUGAAGCAGAUGCUCGAGAAGACCGUUGGUCUACCUCUCGAUUUUAGAGCUGCUGGCUUCUCCAAUACGGAAUCAUGUUUGCGGAGCGUACCAGGCGUCCAUCUAGAAUGCAGUGGGCCUUUGACGUACAAGGGGAGAAGGGUGAAAAGUUUUAGAUUGGACGAUGGUGGGG